CCCUUCCGUCGGGUCCCGAGCUGCUCAGCAGCGCUCGGCACCCAGCACACCCCAGAAAUGCGCUUCCUUCCCCGCCUCGGCCUCUCGGCCGCGCUGGCCAUCGCCGCCUUCCUCGGCUGGAGGCUGCUGCUGCAGAGCCCGGCCCGCAGGCACGGAGAUGACCUGGCCCCCAGGGCAGAGGAGGGCUUCACUUUGACACUGGACACCUUCCUUCACGUCCAGCAGCUCAGGAAGAGGAGACUGAGAGCUUUCUGCAGCCGAGCAGGCAAAGUCACCGCACUGCCGAGCAGCCAGGAUGAGAGAGCCUCCCUGCUCCCGAGCCUGAGGGUGAACACCAAGCUGGACCUCCUGUACUGCCAAGUGCCAUCAGCAGGGGUGGAGGAAUGGCAUCAGCUUUUGGAGAAGCUAGAGGAGGAAAAUGUGACACUGCCAGUGCCGCUCCCCUACCACCGGCUGCACUCUAAGGAGACACGGCUGAGCGAGUUCAACCAGACGGAGAGAAAGGCCAUGCUGGGGUCUUACACCAAAGUGCUCUUUGUCAGGGACCCUUUCCACAGGCUGAUCGCCACGUUCCUGCAAGGCAUGGGCAUCAGCCCAUCCUUCAGCAGCUUCGUCCAGGAGGUCCUGGACAGCGGAAUGCACAACGGCAGUGCAGCAUGGAAACCACUGGUCAGCCUGUGCCGGCCCUGCCUCGUGCAGUACGACUACGUGGUGAUGUUUGGCUUCCUCAGGCAGGAGCUGGGCCACCUGCUGCGCCGGGCUGGGCUGCCUGUGGGCAGCCUCCUCCCCGAGCUCACCGACAGCCAGGUGCAGUGGACCUACAGGUGGUUGUCAGAGCAGAUGUUCAGUGAGCUGUCUGCCCAACAGAAGCGGCGGCUGUCUCGUUUCUACCGCUGGGACCUUGCUGCUUUCCCAUUUUCUAGCAGUUUCCUGUCAGACCAUCCCAGUACCACAGAGACCUGGCAGAAAUAGCCCACAUGGAGGAACUGUUUCAGGGAGCACUAAUCCAUAGGCAAGUGCUUCAAGAUACUGACAGGUCUUUGCUUCACAGCUGCUUGCAGUAAGGUUUUCCAUGUCCUAGUCCAAAAGACUUGUCAGAGAGCUGAGACACACCACUGCCAGGGAUAGGGGACCCACGUGGUUGAAUUGUGUUUAAACUCAACAAGAGCAGGCACUAGGGAAACUUGUGGCACUGGACUUAGAAAACUGGAUGAACUGAAUUGUGAAGGGAUAAAUCCAGCAGUUUGGGGUAAGGUGGGUUGGACCUUCUGCAAACCACUGUAGCAUCACACAUGCUGUGCCUGCACUGGUAUUUCCUUUUCUGGGCUCCACGUUGGGCUAAGAGGUUUGGCAAUGGCUUCUUCCUGACAAAUCUUCCCACUCAGAUACAAGAAGUGCUUCCAGAGAAUCAUGUCACCUGGAGGCUGAGAUAUGACACACAGUAGCACAUCCUGCUGGGGAACCACUGGCAAUAUUCCCGAUCUUUUCAUGCUCAGGGAAGGUCAAGCCCAGCCCAUUAUUUGGACUGUUCUGUUCUGUGUGAAUUGUUCCUGUUUUACAGCCUCAUCUCCUAGGUGUGUGCACUCAAGUGGGCCCUGGGGAUGGGACCCCAUGAUUGCUCCAUUCACAGGUUUUGAGUUUGGCUCCCCUCCUUCCAGGGCUGACUCCAAUGGGCCAAGGCCAGUGUUCAGCUCGAUGCACAAGCUCUGAGACAAGAAAGUUUCAGUGUUGACCAGGUACACAGCACCAGACAGACUGCCUCCUACCAGUGUCAGCAACUGGUGGGCCCUGUGGAAGUGGCUAGAAGCAUCAGAAUGCAUCACUGUGCUGCUAUGGAAAACAGUAUGUGGCUACUACAGGCUGCUGCUGGCAGAGAAGCACAAGGACUGACUUUGCUUUCUUUUGGACACGGCUGCCAGCGUGGCCAGACAGAGGCCCAGUCUUUCCAGCUGGCUCACAGCUUCAUCCAGCUGGGCAGCCCAGAGCAAUCACCCGCCCUCUCCCUGCUUUGGUCACCGAGCUGAUCUGACUCACAAUCCCUGGGGAAAGGUCCAUUUUUGUCAAGCAAACACCAAGGAUGAGUUGUCUAGAUUUCAAAUCCUGCCAGAUUUUGACAAUAGAAUAUUUUUUUCCAGAGUA